AUGGCGCUGCCGGAGAUGGAAUCCAUGGCGUCGGCGAUCGGACUUUCGGUGCCGGUGCUCCGAUUCUUGUUUUGCUUCGCUUCCACCAUCCUGGUUAGUUUAUUCCACCGGUUUGUACCAGGUGGACCUGUGGCGCGCCAUCUUUAUGCCGCCACGACUGGGGCUGUUCUGUCGUAUCUGUCAUUUGGGUUUUCUUCGAAUCUUCAUUUUCUGGUGCCUAUGUUCUUGGGCUACGCCUCGAUGGUCCUGUCCCGGAAGUAUUGUGGGAUCAUCACGUUCUUCUUGGCUUUUGGCUACCUCAUUGGAUGCCAUGUAUACUACAUGAGUGGCGAUGCAUGGAAGGAAGGAGGAAUUGAUGCUACAGGAGCACUGAUGGUGAUAACUCUGAAAAUCAUUUCAUGUGUCAUUAAUUAUAAUGAUGGAUUACUGAAAGAGGAAGAUCUACGGGAGGCGCAAAAGAAAAACCGCUUGCUCAAGUUGCCAUCACUAAUUGAGUAUUUAGGUUAUUGUCUCUGUUGUGGAAGUCACUUUGCUGGUCCAGUGUAUGAAAUGAAAGAUUAUCUUGAAUGGACUGAGAGGAAAGGGAAUUGGAAACCUACAGAAGAGGGUUCACCCCCCUCUCCCUAUUGGCCAACUUUCAGGGCUGUUCUCCAAGCUGCUUUCUGUAUGGGCUUGUAUCUGUACCUUGUACCACACUAUCCACUUUCCCGGUUUACAGAACCAGUGUAUCAAGAGUGGGGGUUCUGGAAACGUCUGAGUUACCAGUAUAUGUCUGGCUUUACUGCUCGUUGGAAAUAUUAUUUCAUCUGGUCAAUCUCAGAAGCUUCUAUUAUUAUUUCUGGCCUGGGAUUCAGUGGCUGGACAGAUUCUAAUCCACCCAAACCACGAUGGGACCGUGCAAAGAAUGUUGAUAUAUUAGGUGUUGAGCUGGCCAAGAGUUCCGUUCAGUUACCACUUGUAUGGAAUAUUCAAGUCAGCACCUGGCUUAGACACUAUGUCUAUGAGAGGCUCAUUCAGAAGGGUAAGAAACCAGGGUUCUUCCAGUUGCUGGCUACCCAAACCGUCAGUGCAGUUUGGCAUGGAUUGUAUCCUGGCUACAUCAUAUUCUUCGUUCAGUCUGCUGUAAUGAUUGCUGGUUCAAGAGUUCUUUACAGAUGGCAACAAGCCACCCAAUCAAAUCUAUUUAAGAAGAUAUUCGUAUUCUUGAACUUUGCUUACACGCUUUUGGUUCUUAACUACUCCUGCGUGGGUUUCAUGGUAUUAAGCCUCCAUGAAACCCUAGCUGCAUAUGGGAGUGUAUACUAUGUUGGAACCAUUAUUCCAAUAGCAUUGAUUCUGCUCGGCAAAAUCAUUAAGCCAGCUAGGCCCUCCAGAGCUAAAGCUCGGAAAGAUCAGUAA